CUGAACAGUGCAGUGCUGAGUGUGAGUGUGAGUGUGAGUGUGAGGCGGCCGAGUCUCCGGGCUUUGCCGACCUCAGUCGAGCCUCUCCGAGAGCUGCAGACGACGCAUCCUGAGCGUCUUCCAAAUGUGCAGCCUCAGUCCUGAAGCGGCUUUCUCGGGAGGCGAGGUCGACAAGGAGGUGGAGACGAAGGCGAGGACGGAAAACGCUCGGACGGCAGAAUCUGCGCACCCCGGCCAGCUCAUCCUCCUCCUCUUCGUUAAUGCACGGCCCCGCGCUGCGGUCACGGACUAACAUGGACAGCCUCAGAGUUCUGGGCUUCAGCAUGCUGCUGUGUUUGGGCCAAUCAGCUUAUUCCAAGACUGUGAAUGAUGAGACUGUGUUCCUGGGUGAGGAUUACCACAUCCCGUUGCCAGUAGGCGGGGCUGAGGUGGUGUUUAAGCCCAUGGUUGGCCCUGCAGGCCGCGAGCUGAUGCUGAUGAAGGGCGGAGCGGUGGUGAACCCUCGGGUCAAGCUGAGCCAGGCCUCAAAUCAUUUGAUCCUGGAGAAUGUUGGAGAGACUGACGAGGGGGUCUACAUCGUUAAGUCCAACGAAGAUCCUCAAAACGUCAAGCGCUUGAAGAUCAUCGUCAGAGACUGCACCGUCGAGGACAACGUGAAGUAUGGAGGUCAUUUCCGCAUCUCCCUGUUGGGAGUAUCCGCCCCCGUGGGGGUGGGCUUUCGACCCAGAGCUAUUGAGGCCAAUCAGACGUCUCAGCCGGCCCUCGAUCUCCUGAAAGAGGGCGAAAGCUUCCAGGCAGGGUACGAGAACCGCCUCAGCAUUACUGAGGAACGUCUCCUCCUGCAUGGCGUCACUGGCGCUGACGAGGGAAGCUACACCAUUUCCGACGCCGGUGGGAAAGUGACCAAGAAAAUCUGUCUUAAUGUGAAAGAGCAUCAGAACUUUGCCGACGUGCCGUACGGGGGCACCUUUAAAUUUAAUCUACACUUAAACAGCUCCUCUGCCCAUGUGGUCUACUUCGAGGACUCCAGUCCGUCCGCCCGCUCAUGGGUUAUCAUGGAGAGGGGCGAGCUGACCUUGCCUCCUGAGCGGGACAUGGAGGGCCGCUUCACUUUAGAGGACUCGAUGUGUGUCCUAGAGCAAGUGAAGGCCAGUGAUGGGGGACUAUAUCGAGUCACUGAUCUGCAGGGCUUCGUGGUUUCCAACGUUCAUCUGGAGGUGCAAGCGUACAGGCUGCCUACGGUCAUUGUGGCGGUCAUUUCUCUGGUGGCCUUGACGGUGGUGCUGCUGCUUGUGUGUUUGGUGUCAUGUUUGGUGAAAGUGCGCAGAAGGGCUCAAAAAGCUCAAGCCAUAGAGAAGAUUGCCCAGAAUGCUGGCAAAGAGGAAGGAGACACUUUCAGACAGGUGGUGCAGGACGCCUUCACCCGUCACAAUGAGGAGGCUCCAGCUCUGUCACAGAAAGAAGAUAUUACAGAGAAAUCCCAGAGCACUGAAGUCAGCAUUAAGGGUCUGGAAGUGUCUGCUAAAGACACAAGCAUCCAUGAAAAGAACCUGGAGACUAGCGACUCUGGAGUGGGUUUCAACACAGCCGGUCUUCCAUUGGAUAGCGACACUGAGGCACCAACAGCACCCAUUACAGAGACCGCUGACACUAAACCUACUGCCAAUCUAGUCCCAGAGCCAAAACCUACCACUGAGACAAAGCCAGCAUCUGAGAAAAAGGCUCCGGCACCUGCCGCUCCAAAACCAGAACCAACUCCUGAACCCAAACCUACUGCAACACCAACACAUGAACCAAAAAUGACCAUCUCACCUACUCCUGAAUCAAAACCAACCUUAAGUCCAUCUCCAGAACCGAAGCUGGCUGUGACGCCCGAUGUGAAACAAGCUGUCAGCCCAACUCCUGAAAGCAAGCCAGCACUGGAAGUCAAAGCAACACCCACUCCAGAAGCCAAACAAAGUCCUGAACCUCCGAAAGCUGUGACACCAACACCUGACUCAAAACCAGCAGUCACUCCAACGAAAACCCCAGUCUCUCCAACUCCUGAUCUUACACCAACCAAACCAGCUACGUCCGGUCCCACACCUGCUGUGAGCCCAACACCAGAACCCAAACCAGCAGCCAUUACUCCUUCCCCUGAUGUCAAGCCUGCACUAUCUCCAUCUCCAGACCCUAAGCCUGCUGUGUCACCUACCCCAAUGCCAACCACCAACGGAACCCUCGAGCCCAAGCCAGAUAUAAGAUCUUCUGAGCCAAGCGCAACCCUGGAUCUGAAAGGCACUGAACCGUCCAAAUUAGCCUCUCCAAAAACCCCAGACAAAAGCUCAGUAAAAACCCCGGGGGUCAUCUCUACCGGAAGUCCAGCUACAGAGGCCAAGCCCAGUGAUGGAGCUCCUGCACCAGGCCAGGAGGAAACUUCCACCACCUGAGGUCAAACCAAUUGCCUCCAGAUUUCUGCUCCCUCCAAUGUCCUUAACAUCGCUGACAAUCGAGGAUAUCUUCUCUAACAACAAGCAAGAAUUCAUUGACUUAUUAUGAAGGAGGGCCUUUUUAGCGUUUCAAGUUUCACUCUUAAUACGUAACUAACAAAACAGUGACAAUAAUUCACUGUAGAUUCACCCGAUUUAUUACUAUUUAAUCACUUUGUAACACUGCUACCAUAACAAAUAUCAAACACAGAGACACACCACUACUUUGAUUGUCUAUUUGGUGCAGCCUGAGAAAGUCUGCGUCCAAUCAAAAAAACUAGAUGUACAAAUGCAACAUUCCUAUCAUACUUAAAUGCGACGCCACUGCAUGCAAAUAUUAAGAGAAUGAACUAACUGCAUUAGACCUUUCCGUAUUCAGAGAUUGCAGUAAUGGAUGGACGCUGGAGUGAGUCACAGUAAAUACACCAACAUAAAGCAGUUUUACACCCCGUCCCAGUUUAUUACUGACGCUCCACAAAGAUUUUAACUCUAUAAUAUACAUUUUAAUUCUAAAAAAAUCAACAUAUUAUAUUAUAGACAAAGUCUAUAAUUAUAGACCAAUAGACAAAGUCACCUAAACCUAUGUCAUAUUAAUAAAAAAAAUCAUUUUAUUUACUAUGUGGAAACUAUGUGGAAUCUGAUGAACACCUACAAUCACCAAAUACAAUACGCUGCAACCUUUCCUGGAUUACUCCCUGACUUUCUCCAUUUGGAACACUCUGGAGCCUUUUGUUUUUGGAGGAACUCUGCUGGAACAUUUCCAGUCCAAAUUACGCCAAGAAAGAAACGUUUUUCAUGGAUGUCCUCCCCAAACACUUGAACAAAGCCUUACAACACUGGACCUAUUUGAGCUAGUCUAACAACAAGAGAAUUUCAGUAGUCGUAGGCCAAUGUUCCUAGCGUUCCCAUACAGCCACUUCCUAUAUUCCUGUACAUGUAUUCUCAGUAAUAUAGGCCAAAGAAUUUUCAACAUGUAGAUCUAACUGGCAUGAUCUGUUAUAGUAACCAUUUAUGGGUGCCUGUUCUUUCUUCAAAUUGAUUUGCUGCCUCGCUGAAUUCUGUAGCAUGUUCUACGAGGAACUCCAGAUGCUUCUAGGCUGAGACAGGGUAAGUGUGCUGACGCAGGACCGGUUUUCAGUUUUCUUACCCAAAUUGAAUGCAGUUGUUGGGAUGGGGAUCUGAUCCUACAUCAGCAUUCUCGCUCUGAGAUUCUUAAAGACACAGACGUCAUAUUUUGUAGUCGGCGGCAUGCCCACAUAAGGAAUUCCGGGUCUAAGCCAAUGGGGAAAAAUGAACGUAAUUGAAAAUCGCAGGGAAACAAAGUGGUCUAUACAUUUUGUCCUUUGUAUACCGGAUCCUCCGAAUUACAGGGUUGUUAAACAUUUGCUGCAAGUCCAGUACUGAACUUUUACAACACCAGCUACUCAAACUGUAGGUGACUAUUGCCAAAACUGCUGGUUUGCUUGGGGUAUUUAAAUAUAUAUAUAUGUCAGUUACACUGUGUGCUACAGUGGUAGCUUGCAUCAUGUAGCAAUAUUCACAUUUUAACUGCAUCAUGACCUCUUACUUCAGAGGAAAAUACAGUGGUACAAAACGUAUCAUCAUUUUCUCUUCAUGUGCCCGCUGCAAAUUUCUAGAAUGCCCUUAUGGAAAAAAUCUUGGACCUGGCGUUCCUUAUAUGGGCAUUUUGCUGAAAUAUUGACCGAUUCAUUAAUAAUAAGACUGGCUUUUCUUGGAGAAACUUUCAUGUAGCUGUCUAAAUAUGCUCCUUCACUUCACGUGAAACCUUGGUUAUCCUAAUCUUGCCAAACGAUCAAAUUGCCGCUAACUAGCUAGCUAGCUAAGCUAAACGUGCCGCAGCAAAUAAGCAACAUUAUUUCAGUUCAGCUCACUAGCUGGUCAACCUAACUGUUUCCCUGCUAGAGAGCAGCAUUAUCUCAGUUGAAAUGAUAUCAUUUGACUUGGGACUUCAGUUAAAACCUGAGUUGCCCUACAGUUGCUUCAACGUUAAUGUUAGCUAGCUAGCCAGCUAACAUGACGACUGCUUGUUCCAGUGUUUGUUCUGCUUUGUUUUCACAAUUUCGGCCUAGCUAGGUUCAUUUUCUCUUCAUGUGCCCAUUAUAAUCUUCAAGAAUGCCCUUAUGAAAAAAAGUCUUGGACCUGGCGUUCCUCAUAAAGCCAUUUUGCUGAAAAAUUGACCGAUUCAUUAAUAAUAAGACUGGCUUUUCUUGGAGAAACUUUCAUGUAGCUGUACUUGCCUAAAAUAUGCUCCUUCAAUUCGCGUGAAACCUUAGGUACCAUCCUAAUCUUGCCAAACGAUCAAACUGCCGUUAACUAGCUAGCUAGUUAGGCUAAGCUUGCGCCAGCAAAUCAGCAAAUUUAGCUCAGUAGCUGGUCAACCUAACUGUUUCCCUGCUAGAGAGCAGCAUUAUCUCAGUUGAAAUGAUAUCAUUUGACUUGGUACUUCACUUAAAACCUGAGUUGCCCUACAGUUGCUUCAACGUUAAUGUUAGCUAGCUAGCCAGCUAACAUGACGACUGCUUGUUCCAGUGUUUGUUCUGCUUUGUUUUCACAAUUUCGGCCUAGCUAGGUUCAUUUUCUCUUCGCUUGACAACCUAUACAUUGUCACGCGGUGGAGAUUCCACGUAAAGCUGGAUUCAGGAGUCGAGUCGGGUUUCAUCAUCAGUUGUCAAAGUCAGUUUACUGAGACUCUGGGUGCCUCUUGCAGAACCUGAACACCACUGCCCUUUUGCUACUGCACCAACGGUUUUGGAAACUGCUGUCUGUGACCUGCUAAUGUCGGCUUUUCUUCUAUUUAAAGGUUGUGCAUGGUAGCUAGUCUUGUCCUUCAAAUGUGGGGGGGAGGGGGGGGGUGUACCUACAGUAUAGGAGAUCCAGUUUUAGCACUAGGUAGAAUUUGCUAAUGCAGAAGAAAACCUCUACCUCGCGUUGUGAGUCAACCCUAACCAACCGAGAAUGGUACAUUCACUGUAGUGCACUGAUAAAAAGGGACUUUGUAGGCUUUUCUGGUUAAAGCACAACAUUUUAUCCUCUAAUGAGUGAAGCUUUACAGAAUUUUUCAGACCACCUCCUAUCCUCCUAGGCCUCCCUGACCACUCCCUUCCCAUGUCUCAAAUGGCCUUGUUCUUUCUAAGUCUUUUACACCGGUUUUAAUACUAGUAGUCUAAAAGAAAUGUAAAAGCCAUAAGGUGUAGUACAUGUAGUGUAAUAACAGAUAAUACUCAAUGUAAAUAGCAUGUGAUUAUUAUACACAAUUAUUAUUAACCAUUAGCUAACUUCCCUUGAAUGGGCGCUGUUAUAAGAUUCUGCAUACAUAGAUAUUAACUGUAGUCGCAGCGGAAAUGACCAGUAGUACCUAAUGAAGCUUUUAGUCACAGAUGCUUUGAAAAUGUCUCUUUCUGACCCAAAUCACGUAGCUGAUGAAUCUUUUUACUCCCCAAGCAAGCAGCCGAGUGUCAAGAUCAAGAUCUUUUUAAGCAAUACUGAGUGCAAAGCCUAUGCACACAUACACACACACACACACACACACACACACACACAGACACACACACGGCCCUUUUACUUACUAGUUGUAGCAUUAAUAAAGGCAGGGGUUCCCACAAUGAAGAGUUCACACAAAGCAUAAAAAUAAUUAGGGGAAAUUAUAUGAAAGAAAUUAUCGUUUCGCAUCCGCUUCAGUAACUCUAUAUUAAUCUAAACUGGUCCCAUUUUAUUCAGUGUUUUCUCCUGCAAAUCUGCCCCAGGUCAGCGGUAUCUUAGGACCUGUGAGCCGCUAGAGGGGCCUGCAAGUACAGCCGUGUGAAGAAUUAAGCAUACCCAUGAAGUGUUUCUGGAUAUAUCAGUAUUUGAUCUUCAGUUAAACAGCAUGUUUGGAUAAACGGUAUGCAGAAGAUAUGCAUAGAGCAAAAAAACAAACAAAAAAAACCCAGGAAAUUUGGCUUUUCAAUCAUUUAUUUAAAAAAGUAACAGAUGUGAUUUUUAUCUGUUGAAAAAGUAAGUUCACUCCUGGCUUCAGUCGCUGGUACUGCUAAACUUUUGCCUAUUCUUUCAAGUCUUUCAACUGUGCUAUUUUUGAGGGGUUUGUUGUAUGUAAUAAUAAUAAUAAUAAUAAUAAUAAUAUGCCCAUAUGGACAGGUAUACACAGCCCCUUUCAACCAGCAUUUCAAUGAGGUUCAGAUGUGGGCUUUGACUAGGCCAUUCUAUAACUCCCCAUUCCUUCCUUUUCGAGCUUUUCUUUCAUGGAUUUACUUGCAUGUUUGGGAUCGUUAUCCUGUUGAAAGGUCUGCUUCUCCAGCUUCAGCUUUUCUUUUUUCUUUACAGAUGGUCUCAUGUUCUCCAUAGGCACUCUCUGGUGUGAAAGAGAAUUCAUAGCUGAUUCUAUGAUUCUAUGAUCCAGGCCCUGAGGCAGCAAAGCAUGUUAAUUCUAAGCUAUAUCACCUUUAUCUACCAACUCUUUUCAAAAGAAGAUCUGAUAUCUGUAUCUCCACCAUGGGGUGUACUUCACGUGACUGCAUGUAGGAGUUUUUUAAACACUGAUUUUAACUUUCCUGAUUGAAAUGAAUGAAGUAUUAUGUUGUUCUUCAUUCGUGCGCACAGUAUAUCAUGCUUGGUGUGGGUGGAGGCAAGCAGGACAUUGCUUAGGGCCCCCAACUGUUAAGAAAUGACCUAGAAUGCAUUAUUCCAGAGGCAGUGAUGUGUGGCCCUGCGUGCUGUAUAAUUCAUGAAGCAACGAAAGGACACUUAUACAAGAGGGUUAAGGCAUGAACGGUACGUCUGGCUGGGCCUUCAGUCCUCGUAAGAAAGGGUCAGUGACACGAAAACAUUUGUGAACCCCUUCCUUGUGAGGUGACUAUAGGAGAGGUCAAUAUGCAUACAAAAUAUUUCUUUCCAAGCAAUAAGGUGUCCAGAUAAAUAUGUCCCAAACUGAAGCCCAUUUCAUACACCGUUUUAUUCGCAAACAUAUCCAUACCCAAAGAGUCAGGCUACUGUGCUACUGUGCCCCUGGGCCAGGUGAAGGUCGAAGGGGUCAUACCACAGGAAAAAAACAAAACGCUUGCUUUAAUGAGACAGAAGGGUUUGAUAUAGUAUAUAAGCAUUGUUUCAAAACGUACUGGUCACUCUCCAGUCCAUGCAUUAAAUAUAAGGACUCUACACUGCAGCCCAACGCAUUAUAAACACAUACAUAUAACCUGCUUACAGCAAUUUAGUCAUUCAGAGUGGUUUGUUCUGAAAUGCCCUGUUCUAGAGGAAACAAGUCACAGUGGUGGUGAUAGGAACCAGACGUUUGUCUCUACGAGCUACAUCACGGUCCCUCUUUAAAAACUACUAAGCCUUAAAAUGACCUAUGUUUUAGUUUAAGCACUUCUCUUACGAUGGGCCAGCAUGCUCAAACAACCCCACAAGGAGAGACGCACGGCUGAGAACAUCACAUCACAGUGUGAGCAGGUGCUAUUUCACGACAGAUUUGUUACAGGAUCGGAAUCGCAUUCGUUCCUUUUUCCCCCUGUCAUUUGAAUCAGCGCAGUGCUGGGCUUGAAGUCUUCCCAGCUUGGUAGUAUCAUGUGAUUUGUAUGAUUGGGGAAGACCUAGCUAGCAGAUGCGGAUUAGAAGAUGACUGUUUUUGGGUCUAAAGACACAUGAUAACAGUGGACUGGCUCAGGGGCACAGUUAGUAAAGCAGGACAGUGGCCCGUUCUUUUCUAACCCAAACCUCUUAACGUGUGGCCUAGAGCGCAAACCACAAAGCAGAUAUUAACCUUUUAAGUGACAGAUUUGUGUGAUUAAACUGCGGACGCACUGAUCUCAUCUGUAAACCUGCUGUCACGGUCAAACGCUUAGCUGCGAUAUGUAAUGGCAACCAAUUCAGUCGUGCAAUAUAUCGACAUCGUUAUUACUGGCUGCAUUUGCUAAAAGACCCUCUGCACAUUGCUAGUACAUGCAUCCCUUUUGUACAACCAGUGCUGUUUGUUUAGUGUUAAAUGUGCACAAUGAUUCACAUUAUCUCUGUGUACUGUGUGUGCAGUGAGUGUUAAGUGUGGGGGUACUGAUGUCUUAUGAUGUGCGUUCAUUGUUGGCACCAAGCAUCUGCAUUCGAUUGUGUUCGUGAAGGUGUGUGUGUGUGUGUGUGUAUGGGUUCUGUGUUUACAAUAAGAAUACCUGGGAUAAAUGAUGUAUGUUGAGCUCCA